UCCACUGUCGUUCCGUUAUUGGUUUUGAAAACAAUGGCUUCAGCCAUGAGAUUUUCUUUCUGUUCCGCACUGGUCCUAGUCAUGUUCACUGUUCUUGCUGGUUUAACAGGGAGAUCUUGUGCUCAACUCUCGACGAAUUUCUACUCAGCAAGCUGCCCUAAGGUUUUAAGCACCGUCAAGUCUGUUGUUCAGUCAGCAAUCUCAAAGGAGAACCGCAUGGGGGCUUCUCUCCUCCGCCUUCACUUCCAUGACUGCUUCGUCAAUGGUUGCGACGGAUCGGUACUCCUAGACGACACUUCCUCUUUCGUUGGUGAAAAGACAGCACGUCCCAACAUUAAUUCGCUUCGGGGAUUUGAUGUAGUUGAUAAGAUAAAAACCCAGGUCGAAAAAGCAUGCCCCGGCGUUGUUUCGUGUUCUGAUAUCCUUACUAUUGCUGCUCGUGACUCCGUUGCGAUUCUUGGAGGGCCAAGCUGGAAUGUUAAACUUGGAAGAAGAGAUGCCAAGACUACUACCCUCGCUGCUGCCAAUAGCGGCGCCAUCCCUUCUCCUGCAUCAAGCCUAAGCAGCCUCAUCACCAAUUUCCAAAAUCAAGGCCUCUCUACAAGAGACUUGGUCGCUUUAUCUGGAGCUCACACAAUUGGGAAAGCAAGGUGUACAGUUUUCAGAUCACGCAUAUACAACGAAACCAACAUCGAUACUUCAUUUGCGAGAACCAGGCAGAACAGUUGCCCGCGCACCUCUGGAUCAGGAGACAACAACCUUGCACCUCUAGACACUCAAACUCCAAAUGGCUUCGACCCUAAAUACUUCCAGAACCUCAUCAACAAGAAGGGUCUCCUCCACUCUGAUCAAGUUUUGUUCAAUGGUGGAUCCACGGACUCCUUGGUUAAAACAUACAGCGGUAGUGCUCAGACCUUCCAUUCUGACUUUGUUAAGGCUAUGAUCAAGAUGGGAGAUAUCAAGCCACUCACAGGAUCUCAGGGUGAGAUUAGGAAAAACUGUAGGAAGCCUAACUGAUCCUCGGACAUGGAGAUGGAAAGCCGAUCGUAAGCUAAAGCAAGCAAGCUGUGAUUGAUUAAUCAGCCCGCAAGUUACUUGGGAUGUAGUUCUUUUGAAUUCGAAAUUAAUAUUUCGAUGGAGGUGUGUUUGAAAAAUUACUGUUACCUUUAGGUAAUCUUUCUGAUCAUUUAGAUUGGAACCUUUCCAUGAAAUAAAAUCUGUUGUACAAUUUUCGGCCGCAA